GCAGAUGGCAGCAACGCAGAUGGCUGCGGCGGGGGCUGCGCAAGCGGCGGCAGCGGGAGCUCGAGGGCAAGCAACUGAGGAAGGGCAGAGUUAUGGACAUGGGCAUGGACACUCCCGGUUCAGUGAAGGAAAUGAGCACCAGGCCAAACAGCAGCUUGUCCUUUCCUUGCCUGAUCAUUUCUGUCUUGGCCCUCAUGGGAUUGAAGUUCUGUGGAAGCUUCUCAUUUUAACUGCCUUCUUGGGAACUUGUGCCUUUCUCAUUUACCUCUGGAGAACCAUCCUCGCUAUAAAGCCUCGACAAUACGAAGUUACUUUAGACCAAAUCAAGAUGAAGAUUAAUAACCUUCAAAACGAAAACAGGGAUCUUGAAAAAAACAUAGCGAGUUGGGAGGAGAGGGCCAGGGAAGCAAAGAAGCAAGCAGAAGCGAAGAGAGAACAUGAGCGUUCCCUUGCUGGAGUACGUAAAUUAAAAGCCCAAGAUGCACUGGCGGAUCAAGAGCUGAGAGCCUUGACAUCAAAAAACCAAGAACUGAAAGAAAGGAAAACAUUCCUGGAAGACCAGUGUAAUGACCUGAGUUCUAAGAAAACAGCUAAAGAAGCAGAAUUGAACCUGCUAAAAAAGAAAUUGGAUAUGGUGGUGGAGUUCUCUGAAAACCGAAAACUGACUGCAGAAAAGAAGCUAGAAGAGAAACUGUAUGAAUUGAAUGCAACUAAGAAUGAGCUGUUAGCUGCCGAUAAAUAUCUGAAAGUAACUGAAGCAGAAAUGGAGAAGUACGGACGAGAAGUGGAAGAAAUGCGAGAAGAGCUGCAGGAGUCUAACCUCACCUUCAACCACAAGAUCGCAGUUCAAGAGAGGAAUGCUCUGGCUAACUGGAUGAAGGCUCGAUAUUGGGAAGCAAGGAUGAUGCAGCAGAGCAGGGAGAACGCCUACUGGAAAUACAGACUGCGCAUGAUGCAAAGGGAGAUGCUGCCUGUGGGAUCCGUGAGGCGGGAACUGAUGCCGGGAAGGCCUGAGUUGCAGAAGCCUGUGUGGCAAGCAUCUAGAGUGGUUCCCAGGAUGAACAGCAGCACUAACCCUCAAAGGGACCCAGAGAUGCAUACGGUCGCUAGAGGUGUGAGAGAGUUCCCUCAUUGCCCAGGGCUCCUCCAUAUGCCCUACCACAUGGGGUGGAAUGUACCAGACUUCCCUCCUCCUCAUCCACCUCCACAGUGGUGGACAUGGGGGCCUCGGGCACACCUCGUUCCUCCACCACAUGGCCUUCGGUCCAAAUCAGAAGCCUGUGGAGUUCAAGGGGACAAUAGCAGCACCAUGCCCGAGAAGGUCCCAGAGAAGAACCAAAAGCAGACCUGUUUCUGGGGAGAAAUCCCGACUCAAAUUAAGAGGAAGAGGAGCAGCCUGUAGUUGGGAGCUGAAAACACAACCUGCUGACUCUCAGGGUGUCUUAGAAGAAUGCAAUUGGGGCCUACUUGCAGAUUACUGCUGGAUUCAGAAUCCCAGGAAGGGAGGAGGGAGCAAGCUGGAGAGCUUGAGGAUUCAAGUGAAUAGCAGAGAAAUUGCGGCAUCUCUCCACUUCUCUUCUCUCCGCCUUCCUGCAGCCAGGGUGAGACUGAGAUGGGCAGCCCUUCAGGGACCCCAAUAUUCUUCAUAACGAAAAUUUAACCCACAUCCUUUAGACACUUGUUCAACAUCUGUUUGGAGGAAAAGCUGUUUGCUGCGUGGGGAAGGAUGAAAAAGAAAGACAGAGGUGACUCAUCCCCAGAGUACCAAGCAAAGCACUUCUGGCCCUAAACUCACAUGCCCCUCUCAGUCAGAAGCAAAGCCCUGAAGUUGGUCUGAUCUACCUUGCUCAGGAAAGGCAUCGGGCCCAUGGAGGGGGAGAAUGCCCUGAGCGAACAUCCUGAGGUGGCUGAAUCAGCUGUGGGGAGCAGCCCGGACCCGACUUGAAGGGAGGUGCCAUGAAGUACAGCUCAAAUGCACAGCAGCCAGAAACACAGCCACUUCGCUGGAGGCCUCUCAAGCUUCUAGUCCCUUACCCUCACCCUUACUGGAUCAAAAACCUGGAGUGACAUACAGUGAAUAUGCAAGAAGAUAUGGGAUAUGUCCUUGUUCUACUUUUUGGCAUUCCUCCUCCUCAGGCCCAUCAUAUAUCCCAGCAGGCCUCUUCUUCCCUAGUGGGCUGUGCCUUCUUAAGGACCCAGAUCCUUUCACUCCUGCUUCAAACCCUCUGCACUGGCUGCCAUGAUCCCUCAGAGAAGAUCCUCCUCCUCUGGAGUCACUCUGUCUCUACUGGCUCCUCCUCCAACCUCUCCUCAGGAAUGCUCUGACAAUGCAAAUUAAACGAGGUCACUCCAACUUAAAAGUCCCUCAGGGACCCACUGUCUUUCAGCACAACAUCCAAAGUCCUUCCUAAACUCAUCCCUCACCCUUCCCUCACCCACAUCUGGCUCUCCAGCCACGCCCGGUUACCUGCAGCUUCACAGCGGGUUCUUACUCCCCGGUUUUUACUCAUGCUCUUCACGACACCUGCAAUGUCUUUUCCUCACCUUAUUCGCCUAACACUAUGGCCUUCGCAGAAUCACCUCACCUCUCUGAAACAGAAAUGGGUAGAAGUGGGUUGUUCUGGGAGCUAGUAAAAAAGAGUAAGAAAAUCGAAUGAGGUCAAACAUUUCUUGACAUGUUCCAGGCAUUUUAUAUGUAUCAUUCCAUCUAAUCAUCAUCAACAACCCUAAGGAACAGCCCGAAUUGCUUUCCUGUCACAGGGUGAUUAGGUCCCGAGUGUCACACAGGUAGAAGGUGAUGGAGUCCAGGUAGCCAGGACCCAACAGCUCCAACACAAAAACCCUCCCCACAAGACCAGGCCCCUGGGAGCUACCAAGGCUGCAUAAUUAAUGUGCUGGCCCAGAAGGGGUCACCCACCCAUGCAUGAGAUCACUAAGCUGAUGAGUAAGUGGCAUCAUGGAAACCACAGGGCCUGGAAGGGGCCAAAUGGAGCAUCUCGUGCUUCAUGCUCUUUAUACCGGAAGAACUUUCCUAUGAUAAUAUUAACCACAAUGUUGAGUAAUAAUAAAAAUACCAUUUCUACAUGGCUCCCCAUAUGCCAUCUUCUCUGUGAAUUUAC